AUGUCUACCUUCGGCAAAGCAACGUUCGACACCGCCGUUUACGCAACCUCGCGCCCGACGUAUCCUCGCUCCCUCUUCGACUUCAUCUUCCGGUAUCACGAGCGAAACAAGGGGGCGCGCUGGGACAGGGCACUAGAUCUGGGAUGCGGAACAGGGCAGGCGACGGUCGAGCUUACACCUUUCCGGAAGAUCACCGGAAUUGACCCAAGUGCGAAGAUGGUUGAGGGUGCGCGGGAGAUGCUGAGCAAGCAGACGGUGUCGACGGAACAGUUUGAUUUCGUUCAGUCUCCCGCGGAGAAGUUGGACUCUGUGGAGGAUGGAAGCGUGGAUCUCGUCAUAGCGGCGCAAGCCGGUCACUGGUUCGACUGGAACAAGAUGUGGCCUGAACUCUCUCGGGUGCUGCGGAAGGGUGGCAGUGCGUCAUUCUGGAUUUACUCAGAGUUCCGCGUUUCUCGCCAUCCUUCGCUAACCCCACUCAUCAACCAAUAUGCACAAGGCACAGACAAGCUCAACUCCGUAGGCCCCUAUUGGCAACAGCCCGGCAGGUCGAUUCUUGAAAACCACCUACUUGACAUACCUGAGCCCAACACGAUCGUCCCAGGCGGGUUCAGCGACUUUGAACGCGUGUUCUUCACCGGCUCGCAUUACCCCGACCUUCCUUCGCCACGCUCCGUCAUCCUGCGCAAGAAGAUGACCUGGCUCGAGUUCUAUGGCUACCUUCAGACGUGGUCGUCCCUGCACACUUUCCGCGAGGCGAACCCGUCCGAUGCGAAGCAGCCCGAAGGCGACAUCGCUACGCGAUUCUACAAGGCACUCAUGGAAGGCGUACAGCGCGAGUCGGGCGACGGUACGAAGGAGGUGAAGGAGACGGACGAGGUGGAUAUCGAGUGGCCGGUUGCGAUGAUGAUGGUCAAGAAGGCCUAG